AUGCUGAUCACAGGUCAGUUCUAUGGGCAGGUGGAGAGGAGGACAUUGUUCUGCAUGGUUGAUAGAUUUGGAAAAUUCGAAUUCACAUCCCACGCUUCUGGCCCACAUUGGUUGUGCAUGCAGUCGAACUCAAAUCUAAGGUUUUCCAUUUUCGCCGGUGACAGGCUUGAACUAGAUGAGACGUUUUGCCAGAUCAGUGAAGAAACCAAUGGGAAAGUUUUGUGGUGGGCUGUUGUGUAGACUUCCAUUCAACUAUCAGUUGGAUUUUGGCAAAUCAAAAGACUGAAAGACUUCCUGAUUGCAAAGAAGUUGGUUUGA